UGAAAAAAAUGUGCCGAAUUAUGGAGUGACAAUAGUUCUGUACAGAACAAAGUUUCUAGUAGACGUUGUCCAAGAAAAAGUAGGACAAGUGCUUGUAUUUGACUCCAUCAAAAAAAAAAGCGGAUGCUUGGCUUGGCAUGGACGUUCUGAUCUCCAACUCCUGGUAUUGGUGGACUCACACCGCGGGAAUCCAGCCUUAUGAUCACAUUAGUCAACGCUAAACCCUUUCUCUUUCUUUCUAUUUUUCCAUUUUUCUUCAAACGUUUUAUAUAUGUGCUUGUUGUGGAAUGUUCAAUAAUGGUUGGCAAGUGGGAUUAUACGAGGGAAGAAAACAAAUUGUACAAAGACAUGAACAGCUUCUAGCCUUUUACAAAGGACUAUAAACAUGGGCUGGAUUAACCGUAACGUUGACCCUUCACACACUCAAGUCUUCUUUCAAGGUGCUUCUCCUAUCCACUACUAGUAAGCUUUCUAUAUUUUCCAUCUCCCUCCGUCUAAAAGUAACGGACUCUUACAUCGAAAGCCGAUAAAUAUUUGACAUAUACAUUUUCGAAACAUUAAUUGUAUUGUAAAUCAGUGGAAGAGAGUGGAACGAGCCACUGAAUUCAUGCAAGGGCCAAGCCCAGUUGUUCAUGGGACAAAGAUAUCCAGGAGGAUUGCCCUUAGGUUGGGUUGUGGUGAACAAAGUGUUGAGCCGAAUCAAAAAAUCCGUCCGUAUUUUCUUGAUAUCACAUCUCGGAGUGUCGAUAGGACGCACACCCAAGUCUCUACAAUGGUAUAUAUUCCCAAGGCCCAAGGGUCUCGAUUGUAGCCAUUGGUGUCUCCUGACACUUGGAACCUGCUUCUUUACUUCAUAGUUCUCUUUUUAUAUAGCUUCAACCGGUAACCAUUAAAGAAAUAUAAAAAAUAAAAAUUAAAAAAAUAAAAAAAGAAUAAAAUAAAAAGAACAAAGUAUUUAAUGUAAAUGAAUGUUAAAGAAUUAGAAAUAACAAAUAUUUUUCGUAAAUAGUGUAAAUUGUAGAUAAUGAUAAGAAAUUCACUAUUCACACUCACCAGGUCACCAUUUAAAACUUGUUUUUUUUUUACCAUUCUAUAAUUUUGAUAUUCUUCCCUUUUUAUUUUUAUUUUUAUUUUUAAUAUAAUUAAAAUUUAUAUUAGUUACACUAUAUAUAUAGGAGUAAUUGUUGUAUUAUUUUCUUUUAUUUUCUAACCCAGUAUAACGUGCGUAUAUACACUUUAAAGCCUUCAACAUAAGGCAAAACUUAUGUGAAUGUUGUGUAUUCAAGACCAAUACUUCACGCAUUAAUUAUCCAAACAUUUUUGAAAACUCCAACAAAUUUUACAAGGCCACAAAGAGGAGCGGGGGAGGAAGAUUGGAUUCAGAAAGAAAAGUGAAAAUGGUGGAAGAUAUCGCUAAGAGAUGGAAGGAGUUGAGCGGCAAUAGCAAAUGGAAAGACCUGCUUGAUCCUCUUGACUUGGAUCUACGCCGUUACAUCCUCCACUACGGCCACAUGGUUGAAGUCGGGUACAUCACCUUCAAUUGUGGCCGCCUGUCCAAAUACGUAGGAGAUAGCUGCUACACCAAGGAAGAGCUCUUUGCUCGUACCGGCUACCUUAAAGACAACCCUUUCAGGUACGAGGUGACUAAGUUCAUAUAUGGAACAUCGUCGAUAAAGUUACCAGAAUGUUUCAUGAUCAACUCAUGGUCAAGGGAAGCAUGGAACAAAGAGUCUAACUGGUUAGGUUAUGUCGCGGUGGCUACAGACGAGUGCAAGGAGUUGUUAGGGAGAAGAGACAUUGUUGUAGCAUGGCGAGGGACUAUUCAACUGUACGAGUGGGCUAACGAUUUUGAUUUCCCACUUGAAUCAGCUAUCUCGGUUUUACCUCGAGCUGACCCGAGUGACCCACCUCGCAUUGCCAGUGGUUGGCUGUCUCUUUAUACAACCGCUGAUCCACGCUCACGUUUUGACAAAACCAGUGCACGAGAACAGGUUCAAGGAGAGCUCAAAAGGUUACUCGAAUUGUACAAACAUGAAGAAGUUAGCAUCACCUUAACAGGCCAUAGCUUGGGAGCAGUUCUCUCAAUUCUGUCAGCCACAGACUUUCUCCAUAACGAAUGGCCAAAGACCACACCAAGUCUUCAAGACAGGCUCUCUUGUGUCACGGUUUUCGCUUUCGGAAGCCCCCGCGUCGGUGACCGCAACUUCAAAACACUCGUGGAGUCUCUAAAAAAACUCAACAUCUUGAGAGUAGCAAAUGUCCCUGAUCUCAUCCCUCAUUACCCGCUGUUCAGGUUCACAGAUGUUGGGGAGGAGCUCCAUAUCAACACAUUGAAAGCAGAGUACCUGAAACGGUCUCUAAGCCUAGCGCAUUUCCAUAACCUCAAGGCGUACUUGCAAGGCGUGGAGGGGACGCAACACAAUCAAUCGGAACUCAAGCUGGAGCAGCUGGUUAAAAAUGGUUUAGAUGCUCUUGAAGAUAAGUACAUAGUCCCUGGGGAUUCGUGGGUUCUUGAGAACAAAGGGAUGGCUAAAACUCAUGAUGGGACAUGGAUUCUCAAUUGCGAUAUGGCAAAGGAGGACGAAAACGAAGAAGAAGACAAAUGUGAAUUACCAUGGAUAUAAUAACUAUAAAAAAUGCUGCUUAUUUUCAAAACAAAAGCAAUAAAAUCUGAGGCGCCAAAUCUUGGAAUUUUCAAUAGUACAUUUAAGCAAUAAAAAGAUAGAAUUUGUGACUAGGGAAGUGGAUUAUUAAUGUACACGGAAGAAGAAGAAGAUCAACAAGGUAUCGGUUAUGUGAACCACUCCAUAACAUGAAAUGUUUUUUUGAUCAUCGUCCCUAAUGCGAUCUCCACUUGUAUAGUCACGCAUAAGCAACAAGGACAUAUGCAUUGAUAACAACAAUUAAUCUGCGUAAAAAGGAUUACCAGAAUUAGAAGCAAAUUGAUGAAUCUAUACACGCAAGAGAUCGAAUUUCAAAUAUAAAGAAAUCGUGAAAUCUAUUAAACUUAGGUUUAUCAUGGACCAUGACAAAAUGAACUGAUAAUUAAUAGGUUGGUUAUAAGUGUUUAUAUAUUAAUUCAUUAGUUCUUCCUAGAGUUUUCAUUCAUCAACUUCUAAAGAAUGAUGACAAGUAUCGGGCCCAUUUUCUGAAUGAGUAAUAGCCUCCAAUAUUUUUUCUCAUGAGUCAAUCAUAUCUUCCAAUUAUUUUCUCAUAAAAUAUAAAUAUUUUAAAUUUGCAAAAAAAUAAAUAUUAUAUAUAUAUAUAUAAAUAAAUAUUUUCAAAUGACCACAUGUCCACAUCACGUUUGUACUUUGUACAAAGAAUAUUUCACUAAUGCGAGUAGUUUUUGUUGUUGUCGUCAAUAGCAUGCAUUAUACAUGUUAUUUAAACUGAAAGUUUAUACGUCCAAAGUCGGUUUUAUUGAAUCCAGACAUACAUUCUUUUGAGAAUUUUUUUCCUACAAAUGUAUCUACUUACCACUCUUGUCGUCAUAUUUAGGUCAUCAAAAUUAAUAUUCUUUUUUUUUUGGGUGCAACAUCAAAAUAAAUGUUCUAUGGUUUCAACGGGUGGCUAAUAUGAGGAUGUCAAGUCUAGAGUUGAUAAAUAAAUACAUUCAAAUGAUGUCAACAGUACAUAUAUACGUAGACAUAUAUACGUAGACAUAUGCGUGCGCGGCGAGAAUAAUCUUUUUGUUGGUGAAUAUGUUUUUUUUUUUUUUGCUAAAUUUGUUGGUGAUGAAUAUGCUAAUUUGUCAAGUUGAUAGUUUACCACUGAACCUCUGAAAAUGUCUACCACUACAGUAGUUUAUGCCGGUGAAAUGCAGUUUUUAUUUUCUCUUUUUGAACCCACCGGUGAAUUACAGUUUGUUUUUUUAACACCGUUAGUCUUGUUUAUUAUCACUCACUUUACAUAUAUAAUUCGUAGUUGAUGACAACAUUUCUUAAGCAAACAUGCGAUCUUCUUACCUUAAAGUAUGUAUUCUCCAAUUAAAUUUCACAAUAGCUAAAUGAAUAAAUCCGCUACAUAUUGAUUUUUUACAAGACCAGCUCGGGUUGGCUCUGUCUCGUUUAGAAAAUGUUAGAUAAUAGGAUCAAGCUAAUAGCAUACACAAACAGUUGGUUACAACAUGCUCUUAUUCUUUUCUAAAGUGAUAUAAAUAAAAUAUAAAUGAUUUCUUGGAGUAUAUCUUGAAUCUUGAUAUCACAA